AUGGAAAAAGAUGAGAAGAAGCAGCGAAAAUUCCUCAGAGCCAAAGACACACCUCCGCCGGCUGUGGCACUUCUCUACGGUCUUCAGGUCGGUCAUCGAAACCAAAUCUUCAUUUUUUGGGAAAUCUAAUACGGGAAACAUCCGUUGUCUAUAAUGAGGUUUUUUCGAAUCAUCAGUAUUCUCUAUACUUGUUUGAAUGUUGAGAGUUCUCCUUUUUUUAAAAAGUAUUUGCAGCAACUAUAAAGCCAAUGUAAAAAUAUAAGUUUCUAAUAUUUUUGGCCGCCACUGCAUGAACUGACUUCCAGCAAGUGAUGGUUUGUGUCUCGGCGCUGCUCACCGUACCUUUGAUCAUGUCGGAUGCACUUUGUGCGGGCUCCAACAUAGGUAUACCAGCUCUCUAUUCUAUUAUCUGUUUCUUUCAAGCGAGACUCCGGCAGACGCUCAUCAGUUCGACUUUCGUCAGUAGUGGGCUCUCUACAAUUGUGCAAACCUUGUUUGGGAUGAGGUUUUUUUCAAUCAAGUUCAAGAAGUUUAGUUUUGUCUUCUCUUCAGAUUGGCCUUGCUGCAAGGCACUGCUUUUGCUUACGUGCCUUCGGUUCAAGGGUUCUUCAACUUGCCUGAGAAUCGUUGCAAUGCCACUGAGCAGGACUUUGUUUCCACCGAAGAAUACUAUACACGUAUCGCAUUGGUAGCAUUUGAGAACUGAUAACUGGAAAACUUUCUCUGAUUUCUCAGAUACAAGGGUGUCUGAUUCUGUCUUCGUUCGUCCCGAUGCUUAUCGGAUUCACAGGACUCGUUGGACUCCUAACAAAGUUCAUAGGGCCUCUGACGGUGAGAUUUCGCCACUUGGAAUCCGUACCCUUCCGUUUCAAGGUUUCACCUCUGAUGCUUCUUCUCGCCUUCUCUCAGACAGACCUCAUGGUCACGCACAUCAGCAAACAUUGGGUCGCUGUUGUGUCAGAAAAAUCUCCCAUCUCUCGAAAAACGUGAUAUUUCAGACAAGCAGUUACUUUAUUCGCGACGAUCCUCUACCUGGCCGACGUAAAUGUACCUUUGCCUGGCUGGAAAGAGGGCAAGCUGCACUGGUAUCGAACAAACCUCUUUGGACAAUAUCCUGUAAGUUUAACACCUUGGUCGCAAAAAUGAACCUUUUCAAGUACCUUAUCGCUAUAUUGGUUUCGUGGACUUUUUGCGUCGUGUUGACUGUGUUCGACCUGGUUCCUGAGGGAAGCUCUGCUCGUGUCGAUAAGAACAUUUCUCUGCAAGUGAUUCGCGAAUCUUCGUGGGUUGAGCUUCCAUAUCCAGGUACUUUCAGACUCAAGGCAAACGAUAAGCGAAAUUGAAGGAAAGUUUGGACCUCCACAAUUCAACACAAGUCUCUUCUUACUAUUUUUGCUGUCGGCGAUGACUUCCGUGUUUGAAUCCGUCGGCGACUAUCAUGCGGCGGCAAGAGUUUCACAGGAGCGACCGCCGCCCAGUCACGCCAUCAAUCGCGGCAUUCUGAGCGAAGGUUGCCUUGUUUUUGUCGCACAGCGACUGAUGCAAGAGACUGAGUCUAGGACUCGGCUCUCUCAUUUCGGGACUUCUGGGUCCUGGCGUCGGGAUGACUACACACACAGAGAACAUUGGCGUCAUCGGAGUGACGCGCGUCGCUUCCAGGUGGACGAUGGUCGUCGCCGGGUUGCUUCUCAUCGUUCUCGGCAUCCUGACCAAGGUCACCCCUUUUGAAUCGAAGAAAAAUCUCUGUCUGCAGAUUGGAGCUGUUCUUUCGACCAUUCCUGACCCUCUGGUCGGCGGCGUUUUGGCUUCUUCUAUGGCGAUGGUCGUCGGAGUUGCCGUUUCCAACUUGCAAACUGUUUGUCGUUCUCAGCUCGCAUGAAAAUGAAAAAAGAUGAAGGUGGAUAUGACGAUGUCGCGCAACAUGGGAAUCCUGGGAUUUUCGAUGAUGUUCGGGCUUAUCGUUCCUAAAUACUUCACGCUCAACCCUGUAGCUUCCGGUUAUUUGCUUCAGUAAUUUUUGUAAUAAAAUUAUCUCGACACUUAAAAGUCGGCCAUGACCUGAAGAAGAAAGCUGAAAACGUCUCAAUUUUUUUUUGAUAUUUUAUUAUGUGCUUACAGACAUACAUUGAGAAAAAAUCCUGUUUCAAAAAAGUUUUCUGAAUUUCGAAACUCAAAAACGUUGAGAAGCGUACGAAAGAAUUUGCAGGCUGGCAGUGGCUGAACCAAGUUCUCAACGUGCUUCUGCAGAUGCCGAUGUUCGUCGGAGCCAUGUGCGCCUGUAUUCUGGACAACUCGGUCGGAGGUUCGUUCUCAACUGAACUGUUCCGAUUGUUGAAGUUGACAGGAGCCACGAGAGAACAACGGGGUCUGCGCGCCCGCGGAGAGGUCUACGCUGGAAAUUUGGACGAGUGUACCUACAGCUAUCCGCCUCUCGUCAUGAAGGUCCUCAACAAGGUUUGUCUCGUUGUCUGAGUAUUUGCUAAGUUUUAUUCAACGAUGAGAAAAAGAAUUAUUUCAUGAGUGACUCUACUAGUUUAAUCCUGGCCACAGUCCUACUAAAACAAGUUUAAAAAAGCUUCAGCUUAUUUUAUAUCCAUGUCCACAUUCUCACUAGUCAGUCAGGUUUUUCUGAGCUUAACCAUACUAAAUUAGUGAUAAUCAGGCGAAACUUAACUAGGGUUGAGUUAUAUAAAAAAAAAGCGCUUUAGCCUACAAGUGCUCAUCUACGGAAAAGGUGAAGGGCAUUAAAUUGCAAAAAAAAAGAAAGUGGUCGUAAAGCUAAAUUCGACUCAAAGUUAAAGAUUGGCUGAAUUCGAGAUUUGCAAAGUUUCGUUAUUUGUUAUGAUAAGUUCACAGUUUAUACAGCAAAAGAAUAAUAAGGGGAGCUAGAAAAGGGAAAGACGUUAAAAGAUGAGUUCCUUCAGAGGUAUUCAUAUGGAAUUCAAUCUUUCAACUUUCUUGAUGUCAUAAAAGAAGAUGUUAAUAUACUGCGGUUAAAAUAACUUGGAAAAAAAAAAACAGUUACUUAAGAUACGAUAAAUUUAUCUGAACAAAUAAAAUAAAAAGAAUGGGAUCAUUCACAGUUUCAGAUCCCUCUCGUGAAGUACUUGCCAUGUAUGCCGAAAGAUAAAAAGCCGACGAACAGGGUUGAGCCCGGUAACGAGGAAAUUCGCCUUUAGGUGUAACAACUUUUUCAAUUCAUAAAGUCAAUAUCGGUUGAAUAACUCGUUUGAGAACUUCAAAUCUCGGCAUUACUUUUUCCUCCUAUGUCAAGUUCUUUAAUUGUCAUUUUUUUUUAUAUUAAACUUCACAGGAAGGAUUCUUGUCUUUUUCGAGCAUCAUUUCUGCCUGAUAUUCCUUCCAGAAGUUAUAUUUUAAUAGUACUGUGCCUAAGUUUGAGUAUCAAAAUUUACGGACAACAAAUGAUACACUUCUCUAGUUCUAGUUGUUCAAAAAAAAGAAAAUAAAAUUUGAGUUUCUCAGAAGACGUUCAAGCAAUGCCUGAAACUCUUUGCUUUCACACGAAAAUUUUUAUAUUUGUCCGAAAAUACGCAAAUGUAGUCAGAAGUCAAUAUAUUGACGAGAAGUAUGCAUAUAAGUAUGGACAACCAAUUAUGGGAAAAACAUCCGAAAUAGCGGCUGUACAAGCUUUUGGAAGGUUGCCACGGGUUGUCUCUUUCCGGCCGUUUUACUCUUUUCCAUUGUUUGCUCUGCCCCUUGCAACCCUCUCUCAAUCUUCACUUACUCCAUAUAUAUUGAUUGAAAAUCCUCAAAUUAAUUGACACUUUUUAUCUGCCAAGCUCUUUUUCAAAGAUUUCCUUUUUGCUCAAUUAAAAAAAAAAUGCUAACUGUGUUUCUUGAAGUCAUUGUCUGAUUAAUUAGUGAAGAUCAAAAAAUAAAUUUAUCAGUAACUUUCGUUUCUGACACGAUUUUUCAGAAUUGAGCUUUAUUUCGAACUCGAUUUAGUUUUUUUAAAGAUUGAUCAUCCUAAAAGUUUAUAUUUGAAAGGCCUCGAAGUUUUUUUUUUACAUUUAAACUCGAGAUAACAUAUCUGCAAUGCGAGACCCUGUGGAUGAAGAGGCGUGGCCUUUUUUUAUUGGCGCGAAACGAACUCUGUAUCCCAGUUCUGAUUAGAAUUUACGCAGAGAAGUCGUUGAAAAGAUAAUUUUAUUGUAUUUUAGGAUACUUUAAGAAACAAAUGAUUUGGCGCGCCGUAGCGCAACAGGUUGUAUGCCUGUAUACGAUCCAUAGGGUCACAAGUUCGAUCCCCGCCUCGACCCAACCAAGGGGUUUAAGAAAUGUUGGUAGUGGGAAACCACGACAUCAAAUUCCCCAGCCGUCACACACAAGGACGGAUAUGUCACUCGAGCCAGUUCACAAUAAUCACAUAUCAGGAUAGGACCUCGGCUAAUCGACUUGGGACGCCGCUCAAGCGGUACAAAGGCAUAGGAUGA